AUGUGUUCCUUAUCGGAUACCAGUCUUAAUCUCGAAACAGAUCCUGAUUUCCCAGAUGAUUUCCAAUCGCCACAAAUCAACUCCGAAUAUCCCAUGUACGGAGUAGGAGGGUACCAUCCUGUUCAUCUCGGCGAUCUCUAUGAUGGCGGCCGUUAUCGUAUCGUCCAUAAGAUUGGUGCUGGUGAUACCUCUAUGAUAUGGCUGGCGCGCGAUUCUUCGAGUUGGAGUUGGGUAGCUCUUAGGAUCCUGAUGGCCGACCAACCGUCAAGCAUCGAAGAGAACAUAACCAAGUGCCUCACCAUUCUGACUCAACACGACCAAGAAGCAGGAGAUCCUCGGUUCAUUACCUGUACGCGAUACUUCCACAUUGAUGGUCCCAAUGGCCGUCAUCUCUGCUUGGUUCUUCCCUUCUGUGGUCCAAGUUUGCAUUCUUUGUCGAAUUAUAUGAACAGCAGGAUGAAGCCACACUUUGUUCAAGCACUCGCCUACCAAGCAACAGAGAUUUUAAGGGAUUUGCAUGCCCAUGGCAUAUGCCAUGGGAACAUUCGACCAGGAAACCUACUGCUGCGAAUUCGGAAUCUGGACCAUCUCAACGACCAAGGAAUUUAUCGACUGCUUGGGCAGCCCAAAAUUGACGAAUUGAAGACCGAGUCUGGCAGGAUCCCAGGUCCGGAAGCUCCUCGCUAUAUUGUCGGCUUUCUCGAUUUCAUGUCAAGUGGCGAGGAUAUUCUGCUGAACGAAGUAAGCCUUAUUGGGUUUGAUCACGCGUUCGAAAUUUCGUCACCGAGGACAAGUGAGCCCCUGCCUGAAUUUCUGGCGCCUGAGGUAGCUGUAGGGAAGCCAGCCAGCCCAGCAAGUGAUGUUUGGGCACUGGGUGUCACGAUUCUCAACAUGCGUUCAGGCAUCUCACUGUUCCCCUAUCAUGUCGAUUGCGCAGCACAUCUCAUUACAGAGUGUUUGAAGUAUUUUGGAGAACUACCAAAUUCUUGGGAAGAGCCCUUUUACGACGAAGAGGGGCGGCCGACAUCAGAUGAAGCUGCGGGCCGUGCAAGGGAAGUAUCUGAUGAGAUUCACUCGCUGAAGCAAUGGAUCUGCGAUAUCUGGGACGAACCAACCCAAGUGAAUGAGAAUGAGUCAACGCCAGCAGCGCCAUUUAUUGUCCAAGAUGAAGAUAGAUCGCUUCCCAAAAGCUGCGAGUGGCUAAACGACGAUAUUUCUUCCAUCAUCAACUAUGAUCCUCAAGACAUAGAUUGUCUGGCCGCCGUACAUGACAAUACUAAAAGACCAUACCCGCGACACUACGCCAAUCGGGUUUGGAAGCCAUCUGCAUUCAAAAUUAACGGUACCUACCUCCCAGAAGACGGGGGAGUAGGGUGGUUCGCCUACCUGCCAGGAAAUAGUGAUGUGGAGGAUAACCUAAAAGCAUUGCCAAGAAUAUCAACUCGAGAAGCGGAUAUGCUAUAUGAUCUUUUGAGAAAGAUUUUCGUGUAUGUAGGACGCAUAAGUGCGGAGGAUAUCUUGGGUCACCCCUGGUUCGGGAUGGUUUAG